GUGCCAGACGUCACUCUAGUGAACAUGUUCCAGUUCUCCGUUAAAGAGGAGUUCACCCAGAUGAAGUGUGUCUCCGGAGACGCGUCUUCGCUGAGUUUCGGAGCAAACGAACCCUUUCGGUACCCUUCGGCAAGCUUCGGGCCGACGGCGAUUCGACCCGAGAGUUGGGACGGCCAAAUGGUCUGGUUCUUUGCGGGGGCUGGUGCGGAUAAGGCAGGUGUGUUCCAUUGUGCUGCGGUCAUGCCGUCAGGUCAAGAGGUCAAGGUCAGCACGGUCAAGAUGACGCAACCAGCCACGGUCUUGCCGAAGCACUUCACCAUAACAGCGCGUCCUGGCGACACCGUCAAUUUCUACACCCAACUCAACGGUAGUUUCGCCGAGUCCGUCCGCUGGAAGAAAAAUGGCGUCCUCCAACAGAACAUGGCGGGCGGGAAGGUCAUGACCUUGUAUGACGUGGGCCAAUCAGAUGCUGGUAUCUACGAGACCUUUUUGGAUGGGAGAGAAUCAGAAAGAUCACACGCCAUUGCUAGACUCAUCGUUACAAGAUGUGCUGACGGCUUCUGGGGCCCCGGAUGUGACCAGACGUGCCCGAAGUGUUAUAACGGCGGAGUCUGUCAUGAGGACAUAGGGGAGUGCAUAUGUCCUCCUGGGUUCAAGGGGCCGACCUGUGAAACAGUGAAUGUUUGA